UGUUAUUGUCAUCAUCCCCUUGUUUGAAACCAGCCCACGAACAACCAGACUCCUGCGAAUCUAUAUCACAGGCAAGAUUUGCAACACUGGAUCGAAUCGUCGUCUUAUCAAUCCACCCAAAAGAAUGCUGGCUCUGCAGCGGAUUGCUCGGACUCGCCCCUCGGCCACGUCGCUGUUCCCAUCCCGAGGUGUGUCGAUAAUCCCGUCCGCGCAUUCGUCAUCGCCGUUCUCGUCGGUUGCUUUGCGAUUCGACGAACGUCUGGGCCCGCAGGAUCGAAGGAUUCCGCACGAUCGUGCCCGUCCUUCUCCCCGGUGCGUAUCCUCGCUUUCGCCGUCCCCCGUGCCGACGUCGCUGCCACCACUCCCGGGCAAGGUACUGAUUGCCAACCGGGGGGAGAUUGCAUGCCGUGUCAUUCGAACCUGUCGUCUCCUAGACAUCCCUACGGUGGCCCUGUACAGCCUUGCCGACGGCCCCGAGUCCUUGCACGCGAAAAGCGCCGACGAGGCCUACCAGAUUGGGUUUGGGAGCUCUCCGAGCGAGAGCUACCUGCUCCAGGAAGAGGUCUUGGAGAUUGCACUCCGAUCGGGCGCGGAGGCCAUCCACCCGGGCUAUGGCGUGAGUCUUCUUUCAGUUGUGUGCAGAAUUGUCAAACUUCAAAGUGCGUCUUUCUCGUUUCUCCAAUCGACAGGUCACACCAACCGCGGUCUUACUGAUUGGUUUUGUUCCCGUUUCACUCGUUGAUCUCCGCCCCCGUCUAGUUUUUGAGCGAAAAUGCUGAAUUUUGCCAGCGGGUCCAAACCGAAACAAAUGGCGGCGUGAAAUUUGUUGGGCCCCCGCACUCGGCCAUUACUGCCAUGGGAUCCAAGUCAAAAUCAAAAGCGAUAAUGGAAAAGGCGGGUGUCACGACGGUUCCCGGUUUUUAUGGAGAUAGCGACGAGGAGCAAGAACCAUUGCACCUACUGGAACGGGCAGUCCAAGACGUGGGAUUCCCUCUCUUGAUAAAGGCUGUCAUGGGAGGCGGCGGUAAGGGGAUGCGAUUGGUGUGGUCGGAAUCGGAAUUCCUCGAAAAACUCGAGGCGUGCAAAAGGGAAUCCCUGAAUGCCUUUGGAGAUUCGAGGGUUUUACUGGAGCGAUACUUGCUGCAACCCCGGCAUGUCGAGGUUCAAGUGGUUGCAGAUGAUUACGGAAAUGUGGUGAGUUUGCACGAGCGGGAUUGCAGUCUUCAGAGACGGCAUCAAAAAAUUAUAGAGGAAGCCCCUGCCUCGGAUCUCUCUGAAAACUUACGCCAGCGACUGGGUGAAAUGGGUUGCCGGGCUGCCAAGGCCGUUGGCUAUGUGAAUGCCGGCACGGUCGAGUUCCUUUUGGAAUCCAACAAAACGAAAGAAGAUCCAGAAUUCUACUUUUGCGAAAUGAACACGCGCCUUCAGGUAGAACACCCCAUCACCGAGCUCAUCACCGGAAUCGAUUUGGUGGAGUGGCAACUCCGGAUUGCUGCUGGAGAAUCCCUUCCGAUCACGGAUCCGGCCGCCAUACCCUGCCGGGGCCACGCCUUCGAGGCGCGCAUCUACGCCGAAAAUCCGGGCACCGGAAACUUCUUGCCAACCGCCGGAACGGUCUGGCACCACAAGCCACCGGCACCUCCAAACGCGGUAGGCGUUGGGGAGGAUAACUUGCGGGCCUCGAAUGGGGUUCGGGUCGAUACCGGGAUCCAGGCCGGCCAGGAGGUCGGCGUGGAUUACGAUCCGAUGAUCUGCAAGCUUGUUGUACACGAUGAGUCCCGCGAAAAGGCCCUCGAGAAACUGACCGAUGCCCUGAAGCGGUACCAGCUCUCGGGGGUUCCGACCAACAUUGAUUUUCUGAUUCGGUGUGCCGAGCACAGGACCUUUCGGAAAGCAGGAGCCACCAACACCGGUUUUUUGGACGACCACAUGGCCGAGAUCCUUCCACCGGUGGAAAAUGAACCCCCCGAGCUUGCCAUCGCCAUCGCUGUCUUCGCCUCCCUGCUGCAAUCAGAGGGACGGAUCGGCGUUUCUGAUUUUGAGGCGGAACGCCGGAUACAAACCUCGCCAUGGAACUCGCUCUCGGGCUCCUGGAGAAACGGGGGACAUUCUUGUCAAAAACUUGAAACGGCGGACGGGACCUCUGUAGAAACCACGGCUCUUCGGGACGGGUCGUUCGAAAUCCGCAUCACGAAGACCACGGAAGAGGAAAGCAAUGGCAACGGCACUUUGUUUCACAUCGGCGGCACGCUGUCUUCCGACCAGUACAUGCAAAUCGUCGUCGACGGGUCGAAGACGAUGGCGCUAACGGUAGCUCUCCGUGAGAUGGACGGGCAAUACCAGGUUUGUAUGUGGCCACAAUCCCUUUUGCUGCGAAACGAGGGCCACUAUUUCUGGGAGGUUUCCGUCCCCAAUCCACGGAUUCCGACCAUGGCACAAAACGAGACUGGUUUCUCGUCGGGGCAGGGAGUGGUCUCCGCUCCGAUGCCAGGAAAGAUAUCAAAAAUAAACGCUUCCGUUGGGGAUAUGGUCCGGGAGGGAGAUGUUCUUUUGGUUAUGGAAGCCAUGAAGAUGGAGCACACGGUGCCAUCGCCACAAAGCGGUAUUGUUUCCAGCAUUCCGUUCCAGGUGGGUGAUGUGGUGGGAGACGGAACAGUGCUUGCUGUCGUCGGGUCCGAAGAAAUGAAAGAUGAAGCAGAAGCCGUCUAGCUGGCGCACAAUGGAUGAUACAAGUCUAUUGUGCAUUGAGGGACCGUGUGAACGAAUCAUAGCAACAACACUAUCUAGAUGAUCAAAAUUAGAUUAGAGCUUCCAAGAUGGUGAUAAUAGUAAUGCAAUACGAAAUGAAAAUCAAGAGCUCAG